GUCCGAAAAUAAAAUCAACAUCAAAAUUACAAAAGUUUUUCACCAAAUUCGGUAAAUCAAUUCGCGUAAUAAAUUUCUUCGUUCGCCGCGUUCAACCAGUUUCAGGUAAUAGAAGUUUCUUUUGGGUACUGCCGCCGAACAUUAUGGGAAGGAGCAUUUAGCUGCUGGCAACGUUUUAGAUACAGUUCUUUGCGAUAAUCGUGUAAGAUGGGAAAGGGAAAAGGCAAAGGCAAGGGCAAGGGAAAAGGCAAGAAGAAGAAGCCAACUAUUGUUGCCAUACCACAGCCGGUCGUCCAAGAGUGCCCCGUGUGUCCCGAGCUACCGAAGCUGAUACAGCCAUUGGAUCCAUGCCCCGAGUCAACCGGGCCACAUGAUGUGACCCGCGCACAGCCCAAUCAUUACCCGGCUCUGCUGCGUAUACCGGAAACGAUGGCCGUUGUUGGCUCCGAGAAUGGAUGCUACGAUAGCAUCUGUAAGCUACUGCGCGCCGGAUUUCGCUGUGCGGAACGCGUCUUUGUCAUGGCGCCCUGGGGCAACUAUGUGGUGUUCCGGUUCCACAACAACAGCGAUUUCAUCUAUUUCCUCUACGAUGGCUGCACAUGCGACGUGAAUCGGUUCCGUUAUCUGGACCUUAGCUGCGGCACCGCCGGCUUCCUCUUCUUCACCAACAUGCACGACGUCAUCAGCUACAUCAUACAGUCGCGCAAGACGCGCCUCUACCUGGAGAACCUCAACAAGAUUGCAAUCGAUCAAAUCGUCGAAGAAUAUGGCGCCGUCACAUACACCCAGAAGGCCAAGUGCAUGCGCUUCUCCUAGAGCCGUAGAGCUGUAGAGCCGUUGAGUCCAUCCCAUCCCGACUGGCAUUGAUGAUGCUGAUGGCCACAAACGGUAUCCGCCAUAACAGCUAACUGCGCAUCGCUAUCAACACUCACCUCGAAUUCAAAUCAAAAUCAAUUCCAUUCAUCGUAGCUCUGCUCUAAUCUACCAAAUUUUACACUUUUUUCGGGAAAGCGCUCUGAUUAUACAAAAUUUUGAAAAUCUGCAAUAGUACAAUAAAUUUCAUAUAGACUACCAA